GUGUGUGUGUGUGUUUCUGCAGGGGUCCGGGGAGGCUUCAGCACAGGGAACGGCCAUGGAAGGGGACUGUCUCAGCUGUAUCAAGUACCUCAUGUUCAUCUUCAACUUCCUCAUUUUUUUAGGAGGCUCCUUCCUGCUUGGUGUGGGUGUGUGGGUACUGGUGGACCCUAUGGGCUUCAGAGAGAUCGUAGCAGCCAACCCUCUGCUCUUCACUGGGGUUUACAUCAUCCUGGCCAUGGGAGCAAUGCUCUUCCUCCUCGGCUUCCUGGGCUGCUGCGGAGCCAUCCGGGAGAACAAGUGUCUGCUGCUCUUUUUCUUCCUGCUCAUCCUGGUCAUCUUCCUGGCAGAGUUAGCAGCAGCCAUCUUGGCCUUCGUAUUCCGGGAGCAUCUCACCAGAGAGAAGUUUACCAGAGAUCUGAAGAGACACUACCAGGGACACAACAACACGGACGUCUUCACCUCCACGUGGAACGCCCUCAUGACAACCUUUGACUGCUGUGGGGUGAACAGCCAGGAUGACUUUGAGGAGAGCCUGUUCAGGCUCCUCAGCCCAGACAAGAUGGUUCCUGGGGUGUGUUGCCAGGGCAACGGUCACCCUGGAGAUACGGUGGAUGACCUCAGCGGGGUCGAGUGUCUGAGGGGAAGCAUGGAGCUCCGUUACAAUAAGGGUUGUUACUCAGCAGUGGUGGAUUAUUUUGAGACGUAUAUCUACAUGGCAGGAGCUCUGGCCAUUGUUGUCCUGACGAUUGAACUGUUUGCCAUGGUGUUUGCCAUGUGUCUGUUCAGAGGAAUCGACCAGUAACCCUGACAACACACACAACCCCAGGAAGACACUCAACAGAGGGACACAGACUGACAAAGGAGAAGAGGGCCUGAAGAGAACCACCUGUAGAUUAUACAUCAGAUGUUGGGAGAACAGAGCCUGAAGAGAACCACCUGUAGAUUAUACAUCAGAUGUUAGGAGAAUAGAGACUAAAUAUAUCCACCUUUAGAUUAUAAAUCAGAUGUUAGAAUAGAGACUAAAGAUAUCCACCUGUAGAUUAUACAUCAGAUGUUAGGAGAAUAGAGACUGUAGAUUAUAAAUCAGAUGUUAGAAUAGAGACUAAAGAUAUCCACCUGUAGAUUAUACAUCAGAUGUUAGGAGAAUAGAGACUGUAGAUUAUAAAUCAGAUGUUAGGAGAAUAGAGACUAAAGAUAUCCACCUUUAGAUUAUAAAUCAGAUGUUAGAAUAGAGACUAAAGAUAUCCACCUGUAGAUUAUAAAUCAGAUGUUAGGAGAAUAGAGACUAAAGAUAUCCACCUGUAGAUUAUAAAUCAGAUGUUAGGAGAAUAGAGACUAAAGAUAUCCACCUGUAGAUUAUAAAUCAGAUGUUAGGAGAAUAGAGACUGUAGAUUAUACAUAAGAUGUUAGGAGAAUAGAGACUAAAUAUAUCCACCUUUAGAUUAUAAAUCAGAUGUUAGGAGAAUAGAGACUAAAGAUAUCCACCUUUAGAUUAUAAUUCAGAUGUUAGGAGAAUAGAGACUAAAGAUAUCCACAUCCUUCUCACCCCCCCCCCCCUUUUAAGAUUUAGAUGCACUAUUGUAAAGUGACUGUUCCACUGGAUGUCAUAAGGUGAAUGCACCAAUUUGUAAGUCGCUCUGGAUAAGAGUGUCUGCUAAAUGACUUAAAUGUAAAUGUAAAUGUAGAUUAUAAAUCAGAUGUCAGGAGAAUAGAGACUGUAGAUUAUAAUUCAGAUGUUAGGAGAAUAGAGACUGUAGAUUAUACAUCAGAUGUUAGAAUAGAGCCUGUAGAUUAUAAAUCAGAUGUUAGGAGAAUAGAGACUGUAGAUUAUACAUAAGAUGUUAGGAGAAUAGAGACUAAAGGUAUCCACCUUUAGAUUAUAAUUCAGAUGUUAGGAGAAUAGAGACUAAAGAUAACCACCUGUAGAUUAUACAUCAGAUGUUAGGAGAAUAGAGACUGUAGAUUAUAAUUCAGAUGUUAGGAGAAUAGAGACUAAAGAUAUCCACCUUUAGAUUAUAAAUCAGAUGUUAGGAGAAUAGAGACUAAAGAUAUCCACCUUUAGAUUAUAAUUCAGAUGUUAGGAGAAUAGAGACUAAAGAUAUCCACCUUUAGAUUAUAAAUCAGAUGUUAGAAUAGAGACUAAAGAUAUCCACCUGUAGAUUAUAAAUCAGAUGUCAGGAGAAUAGAGACUGUAGAUUAUAAUUCAGAUGUUAGGAGAAUAGAGACUGUAGAUUAUACAUCAGAUGUUAGAAUAGAGACUAAAGAUAUCCACCUGUAGAUUAUACAUCAGAUGUUAGGAGAACAGAGACUAAAGAUAUCCACCUGUAGAUUAUAAAUCAGAUGUUAGGAGAAUAGAGACUAAAGAUAUCCACCUGUAGAUUAUAAAUCAGAUGUCAGGAGAAUAGAGACUGUAGAUUAUAAUUCAGAUGUUAGGAGAAUAGAGACUGUAGAUUAUACAUCAGAUGUUAGAAUAGAGCCUGUAGAUUAUACAUCA